AUGAUCUCCGACGCAGCUAUCAACUCCCUCAAGGACCAGUUGCGGUCCGCCAGUGUCUACACCCCCACGGCAGAGGGGUACCAGGACACCCUCCGCCGAUGGUCGGACACGGGCUUCAAACCAGCGGGCCUCGUGGUCAUGCCGACUGACGCCGAGGAUGUCCGCACCGCCCUGCUCUGGGCCCAGGAGCACGGCCUCGACCUCGCCGUCAAGGGCGGCGGCCACUCGGUCGCCGGCACCAGCUCCUCAGCCGGCGGCCUGGUCAUCGAUCUGUCGCGCAUGAACGCCGUGAGCGUCGACACCGCCGCUAAAACCGUCACGGCGGGCGGCGGCGCCGUCUGGCGGGAUGUCGACGAGGCGGCGGCCAAGCACGGGCUCGCCGCCGUCGGGGGCACGGUCAACCACACGGGCGUGGGCGGCCUGACGCUGGGCGGCGGCUACGGCUGGCUGAGCGGUACGUACGGGCUGACGAUCGACAACCUGCUGGCGGCGCAGGUGGUGUUGCCCAGCGGGGAGAUCGUGACGGCCUCGGCGACCGAGCACGCCGACCUCUUCUGGGGCCUGCGCGGCGCCGGCUACAACUUCGGGGUCGUCGUCAGCUUCACCUACCAGGCGCACGAGCAGACCAACCCGGUCUACGCGGGCAUCCUGGCCUUCCCGCCCGACCAGCUCGAGGCCGUCGUCACCCAGCUCAACGCCACCGUCGCGGAGCCGGACCCGCGCGCCGGCGCCAUCUGCAUUCUGGCACAGCCGCCAGGCGCCCCCGCGCCGAUGCCCAACGUGCUCGUCUUCUACAACGGCACGCAGGCAGAAGGCGAGGCACACUACGCGGGGCUGCUCGGUCUCGGCCCCGUCGUCAACACGGCCGCCAUGGUCCCGUACGAGCAGCUGAACAGCCUGCAGAAUCCGAUGGCCACGUACGGCGACCGCAAGUCGUUCAAGGGCCUCUUCUUCCACGCGCCGCUGGACGCGGCGCUGGCGCGCUCCCUGCUGACGGAGUUCACGCAGAAGCUCGCCGCGGACCCGGACCUGGCGGCCUCGGCGAUCCUGCUAGAGUUCUACGACAUGCGCCGGAUCUGCGCGGUGGCGCGCGACGCGACGGCGUUUGCCAGCCGCAGCAGCACGCAGAACGGGCUGAUCAACCUGCGGUGGACGGACGCGAGCAAGGACGGGGAGCACCGGGCGUGGGCGCGGGAGGUGCAGGCGCGGUGGAAGCGCGAGCUGGAUGCGAGGGCGAAGGUGGAGGUGCCGCAGUACAUCAACUACGCCGAGCCGGGCGACUCGGUGGUCACCAACAUCUACGGGGAGAACCUGGGCCGGCUGCAGGCCCUCAAAGCCAAGUAUGACCCGUCGAACGUGUUUCACAAGAUGCAUCCGAUCCCACUGCCGUGA